AUGGUAAACCCCCACGCGCCGCCCCUCCAACGCUCCGGCGCCCCCCUCAACAUCCCAUCCCUCCGAUCCCUAUGGCGCAGCAUAGUCUCAAACUCCCCCACAGCGGCCAUCGACAAAUCCGCCGCGUACGCCAUGCUCGACACGCAAAGCAACGACGACCUCCUCCUCAUCAUGGACAGACACACCGAGCUGAUUCCACUCCUCUGGGAAUACGGACUCGCUUCCACGGGCCGCUGGCAGCUAGGCGUGAGCAUAUUAUCCCGACCAUUAGACAUGGAGGCCUGGCAUACCGGUCGCGCACGACGACAAGGCCGGUCCCGCGAGACCGUUGCAGCCGCACUUUCGGGGAUGUAUGCGAGAAGCACAGGGGACAGCGUUCGAGAAAAGAGCCGAGUCCAGAAACUCCGCAAGCUAAGGGUUGAAGAGCUCACGCUCCGCAGAUCACGCCUCGCGGCGCUGAGAAUGGCGCUGAGCGAUAUGCAGACGAACGUUGGCAAUAACCCUACCCUCCCCGUUCCCCCUCCAGAAACCUGGGCCUAUGCGCAGACCCUCCCUGCAAAAAUCCAGCGCCUGUCAGCGGACAUCCAGAGCCAAAUCACGCUCGUAAACAACCGCAUCGCCGACGACGAGCCGCCGUUCGUCCCUGCCCUCCCACCACCGUCCCAAAUCCCCGGCGGAACGAACCCCAUCCCCCACGCCUGCAUCCUCCAACACACGAAGAACACAUACUUCCCCUACGAACGCAUGAUCCAGCUCGAUCUCGACGAGGGCCUGCGCGCCCUAACAUCCCUCGGCCUCUUCGACCCGACAGCCUUCACACAUUCGGGAGUAAACUACCUGGACUACGCGCUCCGUCACCACUCCGAGAACGUCGUGCGCUGGCUUAUAUCUCCGCGCUCUGCGCCCCCAAACCCAUCUAUCGCGGGCGGACGAACAACAGCCCUACCACCCCUCUACACACCCCAAGACCUCCUAACCAUCGACACCCGCAUGGACGCCGUAAUCGACGACCCCGACGCCGAGAACGCCUUAGCAACAUGCAUCCUAUCCGACUGGCGCCCCAUGUUCUGGGCCCUCUGGGACCACAUCUCCGCCCCGGCUCCAGAUGGCCUCGGCCCCUUCGAUGCGUCCGCAUUGAACGUCCUCGGUCCCAACGAGCAAGGCACGCUAUGUUCCUGGAUAACCGCCGCGCAGGCCGAACGGCUCCGCGCAACCCACAACCUACACCUCGGGACUAUCCCGCCGCAGGGCGGAACAGGCGGAAGGGCGUGGCACGUUGCGGCUGCGGCUGCGAAUACGGAUUUCAUGGCGUUCCUGGCGCGUACGGUGGGGACUGACAUUGACGAUGCUGAUUUCCGGGGCCACAGUGCGCUGUGGGUUGCGAGUCGGGCACGGGAUCUAGGCACCGCUAGGGCUUUGCUUGCGCAUGGGGCGGGUAUUGGCGUCGAUGUUAUAAAGCUCGUUCUGAAGGACCUUACCAUCCCGCCUGAUGUGUUCCUUACACUCUUUUUCCAGCGCGCUGGUGUGAAUGUAGCACGCCAGCCAUGGCUCCAUGGUGUGAUUCAGAACCUGUCAGAUGGGAUUAGGGGGUUGACGGUGCGGACGAGGAAAGACGUUAAUGCGCUCAAGAGCCGGGCGCGGAGGAUCAUUGAGUUUCUGUACAGGGGGAAUGGGGUUGCGGUGCCGGAUGCGGGCUUUAGGGAUAAUCAGGGCCGCACGGUGGAUCGGCUUGCGGUGCAGCUUGGGCUCGCGGAUAUGGUUUAUUAUCUGCAGCCUAAGGCCGGGGGGAGGAAUGGGCGGGCGGAUGGGGCGCCGUAUCGGUUGAGGAGGAGGGCUAGGGUUGAUUAUAGACUGUGA